AUGGAAGGAUCCAACUAUAAAGAAACUACAAAUGCUGAGGAAUUCCUCGAAAUCUUCAAUGAACAGAAAGAAAAGGGAGAGCCUUGGGUAGCCUGGUUCACUAGUGGACAUAGCGAAGAACUUGGAAAACUUUGGUGUCCAGACUGCGUCAAAACUGAAGAAUCCAUUAAGAAAGGACUUGAAGAGCACUGGGCAGAUAAGUUUGCAGUAAAAGCUAUCCUCGCUACUAGAGAUGAUUGGAAGGGUCAGACUGAGCAUCCUUACAGAACCCAUGAAUCUAUCCAAGUUGACUGUAUCCCAACUUUGAUAGUCUACAACGGUGGCGAACAGAAGGUCAAAGAGAAGGAUGAGAAUGUGCUUGCUGAUGAAGCCAAAGUCCAGGAGAUCCUUACCAGUCAUGUUUAAAAUUUGAUG